AAAUGGAAGGCUCGAAAAAGAAAUAGUGUAUUUUUAAUACGUGUGUUUGUUUUAAUAGUGGAACAGAGGAACACUCCACUCAUUCUUCCCCACUCCAAAUCAUCUUACCUCCUACUUGGUUUUGGCUCUUGUACAUGGGCUCAUUGGUUGGUCAACUUGCUUUAACUCCAAAGAAUGGUCAUAAGAUAUGGGAGGAUCCAUCUUUCAUCAAGUGGAGGAAGAGAGAUGCUCAUGUUCCUAUGCACUGCCAUGAAUCUAUUGAAGGCUCUUUGAAGUACUGGUAUGAGCGCAACAAAGUGAGUAUCUUGGUGUCAAAGGAAGCCGUUUGGGACGAUGAUGCUGUUGUAAAGGCAAUUGACUGUGCUGCAUACUGGGUCAAGAACUUGCCUUUCGUCAAGUCCUUGUCUGGAGAUUGGAAAUUCUUUUUGGCCCCCAAUCCCACUGAUGCUCCUGAAUUUUAUGACAGUUCAUUUCAAGAUUCUACAUGGAAUACUAUACCAGUGCCCUCCAGUUGGCAGAUGCAUGGAUUUGACAAGCCAAUCUACACAAAUGUUGUAUACCCAUUUCCACUUACUCCACCUAAAGUCCCAGAAGAUAAUCCCACUGGCUGCUACAGGACCUACUUUUUCCUUCCUAAAGAAUGGGAAGGUCGGAGGAUAUUCUUACAUUUUGAAGCUGUUGAUUCCGCCUUCUUUACCUGGGUGAAUGGACACCCAACUGGAUAUAGUCAAGAUAGCAGACUACCAGCUGAAUUUGAGAUCACCAAUUUUUGUUAUCCAUGCGGAUCUGACAAGAAAAAUUGUCUGGCUGUUCAAGUGAUGAGAUGGUCUGAUGGUUCAUACCUUGAAGAUCAGGAUCACUGGUGGUUAUCUGGUAUCCAUCGUGAUGUUUUACUUCUUGCUAAACCGAAGGUCUUUAUUGCAGACUAUUUCUUCAAAUCGAGUUUGGCGGAAGAUUUUUCUUGUGCAGAUAUACAGGUUGAAGUUAAAAUUGACAAGUCAGAAAUAAAUACUGAAAGCUCAGCAGAAAGCGGGAAUUUUUUCAAAAUAUCUGAAGACAAGUUUAUAGAAAACUUCACCAUUGAGGCUGAAAUUUUUGAUUCAGAGAGUUGGUACAUCGGCAAUGAACAUCCCAAUCUGCAAAGUACAAAUGUGGCUCAUCUAGAAUUAACUAAUUCUGUUGAUUAUUACCUUGGCUUCACGGGAUAUCAACUUAAAGGGAAACUGCAGAUGCCCAAGCUGUGGACUGCUGAGCAUCCAAAUCUUUACACUCUUGUUGUCACCCUUAAAGAUGCCUCUGGGAACAUUGUUGAUUGUGAAUCAUGCCAAGUUGGUAUAAGGCAAAUAUCAAAAGCCCCAAAACAACUCCUUGUAAAUGGACAACCUGUGAAGAUAAGAGGGGUGAACAGGCAUGAACACCACCCUCGUCUCGGUAAAACAAACUUGGAGUCCUGCAUGGUUCAGGAUUUAAUUGUGAUGAAGCAAAACAAUAUGAAUGCUGUCAGAAACAGCCAUUACCCUCAACAUCCAAGGUGGUACGAGUUGUGUGAUCUGUUCGGCAUGUACAUGAUUGAUGAGGCCAAUAUUGAAACACAUGGUUUUCAUCUUUCCUCCAAUGUAAGGCAUCCUACAAAUGAACCAAUUUGGGCCGCUUCCAUGUUGGAUCGAGUUAUAGGAAUGGUUAAUAGGGACAAAAACCAUGCUUGCAUCAUUUCUUGGUCUUUAGGAAAUGAGUCAAGUUAUGGCCCCAAUCAUGCUGCACUUGCAGGUUGGGUUAGAGGUAAGGAUUCAACUAGGGUCUUACACUAUGAAGGUGGGGGAGCCAGAACAUCUUCAACAGAUAUUGUUUGCCCCAUGUACAUGCGUGUUUGGGAUAUGGUUAAGAUUGCUCAAGAUCAAGACGAAUUACGUCCGUUGAUACUGUGCGAAUAUUCACAUUCAAUGGGAAACAGCACUGGGAAUAUUCAGGAAUACUGGGAAGCAAUUGAUAGCACAUUUGGUCUUCAGGGAGGCUUUAUCUGGGAAUGGGUUGAUCAGGCACUGUUGAAGGAGAGUUCCGAUGGUGCCAAACACUGGGCAUACGGAGGCGAUUUUGGAGAUAUCCCUAAUGAUCUGAACUUCUGUCUAAAUGGCCUUGUAUGGCCAGAUAGAAGUCCACAUCCAGCUUUGCAUGAGGUGAAAUUUGUUUACCAGCCCAUCAAGAUUUCACUUACGGAAGGGAUAGUUAAGGUUACAAACACACACUUCUUUUCUACAACACAAGAUGUAGCAUUCCAUUGGGUGGUGCAUGGGGAUGGAAGUGAGCUAGGCUCAGGGAUCCUCAGCCUUCCAAUAAUAGGGCCCCAGAAAAGUUAUGAGAUGAACUGGGAGGCUGGCCCUUGGUAUAAUCCGUGGUGUACUUCAGAUGCAACAGAAUCUUUUUUGACAAUUACUGUAAAGCUCUUGAGCUCCACUCGCUGGGCUGAAGCUGGCCAUAUAGUUUCGUCUGCACAAAUCCAACUGCCAGUAAAACAAAACAUUGUUCCUCAUAUCAUUGACUCCAACCAGCAUGCCUUGUUUACUGAAGUUCUUGAUGAUUCUAUAGAAGUUGGGAACUCAAAGCACUGGGGGAUCAAGUUUAACAAACAAACUGGACUUAUUGAGAGCUGGAAGGUGGACGGGGUCCUGGUAAUGAACAAAGGUAUACAGCCAUGCUUUUGGAGAGCACCCACCGAUAAUGACAAGGGGGGUGACGCAGAAAGUUAUCUUUCUAAGUGGAAACUUGCGAAACUGAACAAUUUGACUUUUGUGAUAGAGAGUUGCACGGUUGUUGAUGUUUCAAAUAAUCUUGUGAAAAUUGCCAUGACCUAUCUUGGCAUUCCUAGUGAUGCAGAUAAAAACUCAUCUCAAUCAGAAGCUUGUUUAUUCAAAGUUGAUUUAUUCUACUCAAUUUACGGUUCUGGCGAUGUUGUACUGGAAUGCAAUGUAAAACCAAAUUCUGAUCUACCACCUUUGCCUCGAGUGGGGAUUGAGUUUCACUUGGACAAAUCACUGGACCAGAUCAAAUGGUAUGGAAGAGGGCCUUUUGAAUGCUAUCCUGAUCGAAAAGCUGCUGCACAUGUUGGCUUGUACGAGCAGGAUGUUUGUAGCUUGCACGUGCCAUACAUAUUUCCAGUUGAAUGUGCAGGGCGGACAGAUGUUAGGUGGGUGACAUUUCAAAACAAGAAUGGUUGUGGGAUUUAUGCUUCCACUUACGGAGGGUCUCCACCGAUGCAACUGAAUGCAAGUUACUACGGCACUGCUGAGCUUGAGAGGGCAACACACAAUGAGAAACUAGUUGAGGGAGAAGACAUUGAGGUGCAUCUUGACCACAAGCACAUGGGUAUAGGUGGAGACGACAGCUGGUCUCCUUGUGUCCACGAGAUAUAUCUUGUGCCUGCUGUGCCUUACUCAUUCACCGUCAGACUAUCGCCUCUGAUUGCUCCCACGACAGGUCAAUCCAUUUACAGAUCCCAGCUCCAAAAGAAGUGAAUUUCGAUACUUGUUCUGUUUUCUUUUUGUCUUACCUUUGACAUUAUGUUCACACCACUUGGUGCUGUAUCAGUAUGGCUACUCACAUGUCCUCUUUUUAAUAAUAAGAUGAGCCAUCCACAGCUCUUAUGUACUUUUGAGAA